UAGCGGACGUACGGAGCGUGCAGCUGGAUUGAGCAGAGCGCUGAGGAGAAGAAGCUGUUCACCAGCGUCACACAAGUUUCGCUCCGCUUCGCUGCUCUACGAGCUGAGACCAGCACCGGACUCCAACUUUUACUUCACUCACAAAGUUAGACUUGUUGGUGCCGAGGAGCGGAGUGUCAUCAUAACUGCGCGUGUGAGAGAGAAGUAGCGCUGGCGAUGUCUGGAUCGUACUGCAGAAGUUUGUACCCGUUCAGCGGGGAGCAGCACCAGCAGGGACUGGGCUUCGAGGCCGGGGACAUUAUUCAGGUGGUCCAGGCUCUGCCCGGAGGCUGGUGGGAAGGGGAGCGGGAUGGAGCCAGAGGAUGGUUUCCCUCGAGCUAUGUCCAGGUCCUGGAGAGGACAGCCUCUCUGAGUCAGCUCCCUGUUGAGGACCUCAAAGACCCCCUGCCUCCUCAGUGGAGAUGCUACAUGUCUCCACAAGGGCGAUACUACGUCAACACCACAAGCAACGAGACGACAUGGGAGAGACCGUCCAGUGCACCUGGGACCCCCAGGACCUCCCUCCGACACAAGAACUCCCUGCCAACAGUGAAUGGAUUUCACUCAGGUGGUAGUCCCUUGCAUCAUGUGGAACAUUCACACAACAGUCUGGUUAGGAAGAGCAGCACAGAGCCACAGAGCCCAGGAUCAACGUCUUCCACCAGAAAACAGAACAAGGAGACCACGGUCACGGUUAACUGUGUGACGUUCCCGUCUCUUGCAUGCCUGCCGGAGCAACAGCUGCUAAAACCAAACGAAUGGAGCUACUGUGACUUCUUCUGGACUGAUAAGAAGGAUCCCCAGGGCAACAGCUGCAUCACAGGAUUUGAGGUUUUGCUGCAAAAACAGAUGAAGGGGAAACAAAUGCAGAAAGAGAUGGCAGAGUUCAUACGAGAAAGGAUAAAGAUAGAAGAGGAGUACGCCAAGAAUCUCUCCAAGCUCUCCCAGAUCCCUCUAGCGAGCCAGGAAGAAGGGACUCUGGGGGAGGCUUGGGCCCAGUUGAAGAGGAGCCUAGCAGACGAAGCUGAGGUUCACCUAAAGUUCUCCUCAAAGCUCCAGAGUGAAGUGGAGAAGCCUUUUCUGGCCUUCAGGGAGAACUUUAAGAAGGACAUGAAGAGGUUCGACCAUCACAUUGCCGACCUACGGAAGCAACUGUUUGGUCGCUAUGCAGCGGUGGAGAAGGCCCGUAAAGCACUGGCUGACAGACAGAAAGAGCUGGAGUUGAAGACACAGCAACUGGAGAUCAAACUCAGCAACAAAAUUGAAGAAGACAUCAAGAAGGCCCGCAGGAAAUCCACACAAGCAGGAGACGAUCUCAUGCGCUGUGUCGACCUGUAUAACCAGUCUCAGUCCAAAUGGUUUGAGGAGAUGGUCACCACAAGUCUGGAGCUGGAGCGGCUGGAGCUGGAGCGGGUGGAGAUGAUCAGACAGCAUCUGUGUCAGUACACUACCCUUCGACAUGAGACAGACAUGUUCAACCAAAGUACGAUGGAGCCGGUGGACCAGCUGCUGCAGUGUGUGGACCCAGCCAAAGACAGAGAGCUUUGGGUACGGGACAAUAAGACUGGAGAAAUCAGGCCAGUGGACAUAGAGAUCUGACCCCAGUGCUGUCUGACAGCUCUGCACAUGCACACUUGCACCAUCUAACUCACACACUGUUCCAGAGGCUACAUGCCUGAGGACUGACUCAGAGAUGAAAUCUGUACUGGGAUCUUCACUCCCCCCCACUGAUCCAUUUGUGACUCCUAACAAACUAAGGGAUGAUCAGUCUUGCUGAAGAUGGAGUCAGUAUAAGGGAAGUAUUGUGAGAAACCGAAGAUGAUGACAGGUGGUGAUCCCCGGCUGAGAUGGUACAGGAAAAUGGACACGAUGAGUGUGAAUUGUGAGGCGAAUGACUAAGAAGCACCUACAAUGAACAUUUAAACAGCUGUAAAUGUUGAUUAGCUUCAUGUCAUGCAGCAGUGUAUGUUCAGCUUGUUUGUGCUUUUGCUCUGUGAGGUAAUUCUCUGAGUCACUUGCGUGUCAAGUUUGCAAAAUCAUUUUAACAGAUGCUGCUAAGCAAAAUGCAUUCUGACCUAAGAGUGCUAUUACUGUGUACCAGAAUAAGACUAAAGUAUUUUAAUAAUACUAAUAUCCACCGUGUGCAGGUAUUGAGUGUUUGCUAAGCCUCGCCCAGCCUUGCUACUGUUGCUAAGCCUGUGUCGCAUUGCACAUAUUUAGUUCACAAAUUGUAUCUUUUUGAAACAAUAGGUCUUUGAUUUCAAACACAAAUGAAACAAAGCAGAUUCUCCUUUCUGGAUUUUGUUGACUGAAACGAGAACUCUGACUAGCUGUCUGUUAUUAGAUUGUGUAAAUGAAUGCAAACGCCAAAUCCCAGUGACAACCUCCGGUGUUGAGAAAUGAAGGCAAAAGCGAGUCAAUGCCCUGUGACCCACAUCUUAAAAUGCCCAACUUUACAGCAGAAAUAAACAUUUAUAUAGGACUUAUCCGUUGAACUUAUAUUUAGGGCGUAAAGUCAGGCAUAAUUAAGGGUGUGGCUGUUUUAAGUGACAGGCGAGUGCUGUCCCAGGUGGCUAGCUUCUAGCUGUCUCCUCUGCAGCGUCACCUGGACCCGCCUCAGCUCCACCAGCGAUCAACCCCAUGUUUGGAUCAGCUGGGAGUUAUGCUGUCUUCACUGCCUAGAUGGUGACGGCCAGGGCCACCCACUCAGAGCGUCACAGCUGGUAAUAUCCCCUAGUAUUAUAAUUCAAAAUGUGUUUGUUAUAAUAUAGAUUUGGUUUGGAUGUUGCUGAUCAUAUGAAAUAUAUCGUAACAGUAUAAUUCACUUUCAUGAGAGAAAAGGAUGUACCAAUGAGAGACAACUUGUGAGUUUGGCAGACGUAACUCUGACACAACUUAGGCUGGAUUCUUUUGUAAAUUGCCAGAUGACCACUGAAGGUAGGAAACGUUAGGCAGUAGCAUGCUAACGUCUGCAUGAAGCCUACAUUCGAUCAGACACAUUCCUUACAUAUUUGGUCUUUUGGGUUUUUGGUUUACCCAGCAAAACCUUUUGAUCUGUAAUAUGCUCUCAUUAGUUUAUGCGUGUUGAGAAAUCCAAAGCCUGUCAGGCUUGCUGUGCCUAGUUGCAGUUGCUAAGCUAUGCUUGUAAGUAACUUCUUGGUCGGGGUUUAGCAGACGACAAAUCCCAAAUCUGGCCACACUUCUUAACAUCUUGGAAACAUGACUGAAAAUUUAAAAUUUCAUUUCCACCAGUGUUUUACUUCAUUCCCAUUAAGAAUUAAGAAUCAGCCAAUUGCAAUUUAUACCAAAGUGAUUUUUAGUAAAUAUACUGUCAGUUGCUGUUCAUAUGAAAAGUAUUGGAAAGAGAACUUACUUGUUACACAUUUUAUUCCUAUUGGAAGUCGGGAUGUUUUGGUGAUGUUCACAGGAGCCUGGUGUAAAUAUAUGGGAUGUGUGAUUUGCAAUGGAGGAUGUAAAAUACAGUAAAUAGUAAAGUCUUGCAAAAAGACCGAAAUUUGGUACUGAUAAUGUAUGGAAUAUACAAAGUGUUUUAUAUGCAAUAUAUAAAAAAAAAUAACAAUCCUCUAAAAUGUUCUACAAUUUUGGAAAUGUAAGUCAGUUGCUUCAAUUUGAUUCAGUGUCAGUGAAGUGAAAUGUUGUUAGAAAUGUUCUUUUAUUGCCAUGACUUCUCCGGUAUUACUGCUUCGUAUUACUUGACUUUAGAGGGAAGAGCAGUGACAUGCUUUUGUACAUUAACAGCUCAAGGUUGGCAUUUUUCAUUAAUAAAAUGAAAAUAUGUAUCUCAUGUUAAAACAUGCUCCUUACCGGGUUGUUGUGUCGAUUUUCUAUGACCACAAAAUAAUAAAAGGCAUAUUUCUACAAUG